AUGGUUAAGCUUGAAUAUUUUACUUUGCCCAGUGGCGACAAAAUUCCCGGAAUUGGCUUUGGCUCAGGGACUGCCUGGCAGCACGAGAAAAAGGGAAGACCUGAGGAGUUUAAGGAUACGUUGCACCAGCCAUUGGUGGAUUCCGUGUACCAAGCCAUAGAGACUGGAUUCAGACACCUCGACACUGCUGAGGUCUAUACUACCCAUCCAGAAAUCGGUGCCGCCAUCAACAAGGCCAUCGACAACGGGCUCGUGAAGCGUGAAGAUAUCUGGUUGACUGACAAGUUUUUCCCUGGAGUUAUUGGACUGCGUGGUCCAUUCACCUCUGGACCUUACGAAUCGCUUACUACUGGUCUGGAAGAGCUCAAGCUGGACUAUGUGGACCUGUACCUGAUUCACAACGACAUCUUUGAAGAAGACCAGGAGCUUUUGGCAAAGUACUGGAAGGAAAUGGAACAGCUCGUCUCGGAGGGCAAGGCAAAGAACAUUGGUAUCUCUAAUUUCUCCACUGUUAGCAUUGAAACUCUUCUGAAGGUUUCCACUAUCAAACCGGCAGCGCAUCAGUUCGAAUAUCAUCCUUAUCUUCCGGAGCAAAUUCCCGGAUCAUUGAGCGCCACAAAGGACAAUGGACUACUUAUAGAGGCAUAUGCCCCUCUUUUGCCUCUUACGAAGGCGAAGGGUGGACCCCUGGAUCCAAUUAUUCCCCGGCUGGCCGAGAAGUAUGGUAGAUCAGAUUCAUUGAUUUUACUCAGAUACGCCAUUCAGAAGGGUGCACUCCCACUCACAACUUCGUCAAAGCUGGAGAGAAUCCAAGAUGUGAUCAAAGUGUUUGAGUUCGAGUUGGAAGAUGAAGACGUCAAGCUGAUCGAGGAGGUUGGAAAGAGCCACUUUCACAGAGGAUUCAUCAAUUUCACUCUCGACAAAUAUAAUGACGAAUUGAAGAAGGAUUUGGGGCUUCUGUGA